UUUGUGGGGACAUUUUCAGUCUGCUAUCAACCUGUUGGGGUGUCAGGUGUUGAAUCUUUUUAUUCAUUAAUUUGCUUUGGACGAACUAAUAGACCUACGUGGAACCUUAGAACAAUGUCUACAUUUUUGAAGGCUUCCAGAUUAAUGGGCGCAUUAGCUCCAGCCCGUUUCUAUAGCUCAAAAAUUAACGAGGUCGUAAUUGUUUCUGCCGCUCGUACACCAAUGGGUAGUUUUCAAUCACAACUAGCUCCCAUGAGUGCGACGCAAUUAGGUGCUGUUGCCAUUGAAGCUGCCGUACAACGUGCUGGCAUCAGCAAGGAGGAUGUACAAGAGGUAUACAUGGGCAAUGUGGUUUCUGCUGGUUUGGGACAGGCCCCCGCCAGACAAGCUGCUAUUUUUGCUGGCUUACCCAAAAAUGUGUGCUGCACAACAAUCAAUAAGGUAUGCUCAUCUGGUAUGAAGUCAGUGAUGGUAGCCAGUCAAUCCCUGAUGUUGGGUCAAUCUGAAAUAGCUGUGGCCGGUGGUAUGGAAUCCAUGUCCAAUGUACCCUACUACCUCAAAAGAGGCCAAACUCCCUAUGGUGGCGUUAACAUGAUCGAUGGCAUUGUCUUUGAUGGUUUGUGGGAUGUCUACAAUAAGUUCCACAUGGGAAAUUGUGCUGAAAAUACAGCCAAGAAAAUGGGCAUUACACGUCAGGAGCAAGAUGAUUUCGCUAUCAACUCAUAUAAACGAUCGGCCAAGGCCUGGAGUGAUAAGGUGUUUGAUGCUGAAAUUGCUCCUGUUACAAUCCAACAGAAGAGAAAAGCCGAUGUUGUCAUUUCCGAAGAUGAGGAAUUCAAACGUGUGAAUUUCGAUAAAUUUGGUAAGCUGUCUACUGUGUUCCAGAAGGAAAAUGGUACCGUCACUGCUGGCAAUGCCUCUACAUUGAAUGAUGGUGGUGCUGCUGUUGUCCUAAUGACAGCCGAUGCAGCUGCCAAAAUGAAUCUGAAACCAUUAGCACGUGUUGUUGCCUUCCAAGAUGCCGAAACUGAUCCUAUUGAUUUUCCAAUUGCCCCUGCAUUGGCUGUACCAAAAUUGUUAGCUAAGGCCGGUGUUAAGAAAGAAGAUGUUGCCAUGUGGGAAAUCAAUGAGGCAUUCUCUCUGGUCGUUUGUGCCAAUAUUCGUAAAAUGGAUGUGGACCCCAACAAAGUAAACAUUCAUGGUGGCGCUGUAUCUUUGGGUCAUCCCAUUGGUAUGUCGGGAGCUCGUUUGGUAACCCAUUUGUCCCAUGCUUUAAAGAGUGGUGAAUUUGGAUGUGCUUCCAUCUGCAAUGGCGGUGGCGGUGCUUCAUCGAUUUUAAUUCAAAAAUUGUAGAGCCCUAUCUUUACAUAAAAUUUGUCUGCCAUAUUUGGAAUUUUAUUUUGUGGCCGUUAUAUUUUGAGAUUAACAUAAAAUAUAAAGUUUUGAGUUUUAGUAAAUUUUUAACAAAGCUUUUGUUAAACGAUUAAAUAUUCCCGAAUUGGCCUUAUUGUUAUUAUGCUCAGAUGAUCGAGAAGCCUUUCUAACCAGACUUGCAUUUAUUAAAUAUUACAUAAAUAUACAUACGAACAUAUAUACAUUAUAAACAUAUUUUUAUUGAAAUUUAAAUCUAUUAUGUAAUAUUUUCAAAAAUGUGAUAUAUCGCCUAAAGUGAAAUUUUGUGAAAAUAUAUUAAAACAAAGUAAA